CGAGUCUGCAUGUGACAGUCGGCCUAGCAGGCACGGCGUCAGGGGGCCGAAGAAGCGGGCGGGGCGGGCGUCUUCAUUUUCUUCCGAGUCUCCGUAGCGGCGCGGCAGUGUAUGUUUUGUGUGUGUUUUCACAUACACGUCAACAAAGAGAGAGUGGCUGCCGUUACGGCCGUCGCCCCGCCCUUUCUUUAUCUCGCUCGCGGCCGUGGGUGCCGGUGCCGUUGGGCGGUGGCGCCGGCUCGAGCCGCAGGUGGACAGUCGUAGUACUCGGGCGCUCCGGUGACUAGCAGACUUUGCUCGCUCCCGCGCACGUGCGCACGCACUUACCCUCAGCAUGCCAUGGGGAACAGCUGGGCGGCGCAGUGGUGCUGCUGGCUCUUCCCGAGGCGGGAAGCGGGACGGAUCCAACGAGGAGGAGGAUCAAAGUACUUCAGGACGUGCUCAACAGGAGAACACUUCACUAUAGAAUUUGAGAAUCUAGUGGAAAGUGACGAGGGUGAAAGUCCGGGAAGCAACCAGAGACCUUUGACUGAAGAAGAAAUUGCAGAUCUAAGAGCAAGGCACUACAGUUCCAUUGCUGAAAAACAAAGAACAUUAGAUGAUAAGCUUCUGUCAGAGUUAGCCAUACAAGAGGAGAAGUUAAGAAUAGAAGAGGAGACUUUAUAUGCUGCGCAGCGUGAAGCAGCCAGGGCAGCAAAGCAGAGAAAGCUCUUGGAGCGACAAAAACUACAAAGAGGACAACCAGCAAGCAGUGGAGAUGGUCUAAGCUCAGUGACAGAAGAGGACUUUGAUGCUUAUCUGAGAAAUGUAAAACUACAGUAUGAAGCCUUUCGGAGUAGCAGACUGUCAUCAGAUGCUACUGUUCUGACACCAAAUACAGAGAGCAGCUGUGACUUGAUGACCAAAACCAAAUCAACAAGUGGAAAUGAUGACAGUAAUUCCUUAGAUUUAGAAUGGGAAGAUGAAGAAGGUAUGAAUAGAAUGGUCCCAUUGCGAGAACGUUCAAAAACAGAAGAAGAUAUACUCCGUGCAGCACUAAAAUUUAGUGGCAAGAAAACUGGAAGUAACCCAACUUCUGCGUCUGAUGAUUCUAAUGGUUUGGAAUGGGAGAAUGAUUUUGUUAGUGCUGAAAUGGAUGAUAACGGCAAUUCUGAGUAUGCUGGCUUUGUAAACCCUGUUUUAGAACUGUCUGCAUCAGACAAAAAAAAAUCUGAUACUGACCAACAAGACAGAUAAUGAAAUUAUGUGGCCCUUGGCUAUCUGACCAAAUGGUUGAAGUUGGACAAAACCUACAAAUCUGUAUUGUGCACAAUCCUCCAGUCAUUGCUGCUGCACAGCCUCCUUUAAAAUAAGGAGGUUGAACAGUGACAGUAUGAACUGAGCUCCAGAUUUCUUCUAGAAAAGAAGGAAACUGUCAGCUAAAGAAUGAGGGUAUGGUUUGCUAUCUGAAUUCAGUAUUUUAAGUGCAAUUUUAUCAUCUACCUUUGAAUUUUUUUGAAAAUACUUGAGUGAUUCUGUUGUGUCUAUUCUUGGAUUUUAGUACACAAUUGUCUGCACUAAAUGAACCAUCACAACUUGAUGUUUUAAUCAGUGAUCUUGUUCUAGGGCUGUAUUUCUAAUUUCUUUUAAUCUAGGAUGAUGAACUUGGCCCAGGGCCAUGCUCCCUCAUGGGAAACCUUACAGGGGCCACAUGGCAGUGGUGGUUGGGCUAGAAGCAAAAGUGAGCUGGGCAGUGUAUGCGAUUUCAUAACUUUGAUCCAUAGGCUACGUUCCAGCCAUGCAAAAUCCAGACGUGGUUAUGUGCACACACACAAAGUCUCUCCAGGUAAACGAGGCAUUAUCACAGUUCAAGGAUAUAUUGCAGCAUGAGCGUUGAGGGGCGUGGUCUAGGGAGAGUCCUGAGGGCCAGAUACAGAAGCCUGCAGGGCCACAUUCAACUCAGUUACACACUCUUUUAAAUAUUGACAUUGGCACAAUAAUUUCAAUAGGAAGUACUUAACAUCUGAAUACUUGAAUGUUAAAACUAGACCACAAUCUUACAACUUUCAGUCUUUUUUGUUCAACUUGUUCUGAAAUUCAGUAGUGAAAUUUUACAUGUGAAAAUGAUCUUCAUUCCUUCCAUUUUAUUUUCUGAGUUUAUAAAACUGAUCAGAUCACAAGCACAAUUCCUCUCUUUGAAGAAAACGUUGAAGGAAUCUCUGUUUUAAACACUGGAAAUGAACAUGCAGGUUUUGGGAAGUAAAACUUAGAUUCUAGAGAACCUAAGGUUCCAUAUUUAUCCCCCAACUUGAAAUGCCAAAAGCUGCAUAUAUUUUUACAUUAUACACAAUUAUGUUAUACGGUUGCUGGAUUAAUAACUGAUACUAAUAUCAAACUUUAAAAAAGUGUUUUUUGAUGUGGAAGAUGGAAGGCAUGACUACGUCCUGUGACUGUAUUAAUGCACACUAGUAUUCCAAUCUGAAUUUAUCUUAUGGAGGUGUAUGAAAGUUCCAUUCAUGUAACUAAUUAAGAUUAGUGACAAAAACUGUAACUUAAUCAGGUUUAAUUAUUGCUGAAAGAUGGAGGAUGUUGCCCAAUAUGAUAUUUGUCUUACAAAUUACGCUGUGGGUUUUAAUUCCCAAGAGAAUCUCCUCAGGGUCAGUAAUAAUUGUUCUGGCACUUGUAACACUGCAAAAAAAAGCUUCUAUCCUCCUAUUAAAACUGCUUUGAAAAGGCAGCUGCUUUGAAAUGGUGCUUGCUGCUUUGAAAUGUACCAGAGUAUGUGUCUGCCAUACUAUUUUUUUAUUUGUAGCAAACCCGAAUAUGCAGAGUUCAGCAGUACAGUAAAUCAGAGAGCAAGAGUACCUACUUUGCAUGAUCACCUCCUUUUUGAAUUGUUGGAGUGCAUAUUGUCCUUUUCCUACUGUAGGACACAGGUUCCUUGCAUAUAAGAAUGAAGUUGUGCAGAUAUUUACAAGCAGGGCCCAUGGCUCUUGGCAGCAGCUGCUAUAAAUCCAAGGAAAUACAAAACAGCAGCACAGAAAAUAAUUGGAUCAGCUUUAGUAGUACCUCUGUCUCCUGCUGAAGCUUUUGCUACCAAUGGCAGCACCCCUUGUUAUGGCCAGUGGCUAAAACACGUAAACUGAGAAGCAAUGGCAACAUUUACUCUCCUUAUUCAGACUGAACUCAUUAUUGUUACAUUAUGAUCAAUUACCUCUUUCCUCUUGUGACUCCUGCCCCUUUUAUCUCUUCUUGCUCUCAUAAUCUUUGAUUAAUUUAUAAUACUUCAUUCCGGACUACAAAUGUUUACCUUUUAUACACAUUAUUCACUGCCCCAGUAAUGUAAAGUGGUCAGUGGCAGUAAAUAAUUAUCAAAUGUUUGUAUAGUUAUUUUAACCCAUAUAAUAUGCCAGGGUCACUAUAAAUUGAUUUCUUUCCCCUGUGCCUUUUAUGUUUAAAAAAGGGAAAAAGACACAUAUUGACCACAUGUACAUAUUACACAUUAAACAGCUUAACCUUUGUUUAUGUAUUGCAUUUCUUAAUUGGAAGCUUUGUUGCAUAAUAUCUGCAUUUUAAGCUUUACAGUUUGCAGUGCCUGUAAUAUGCUUUAUUAUAAGAUUUCUACACUUCAAAUGUAUAUUUUUGGUUUUGACGUAAACUACUGUCUAUUCCUGACUUCUUCAUGUUAUCAGUCUUUGAAGUUUUA